AUGAUGGGGAUGAUGGUGGGGAUGAUGGCGCGCAGCGGCAGCGGUGAGCCCAGCGGCGCAGCAGGUGCAGCCCACCGGCGCCCGCGCAGGAGUGAAGAGCGCGGCGGGCGCUUCCGGGAGCGGGAGGGUCUACGCCGCGGGGCUCGCGGUCCUCGCUCGGUUUCUGCCGCUGCGGAGGAGGAAGCGGGCCAGAGUCCCCCCAGCCCUGGGGCCAUGCGGGCGCCGGUCGGGCCGGGUCUGCUGCUCUCGCUCGCCGUGGGCCUCCCGCAAAGCCUAGGACUGAAGUGUGGGAUCCGUGCGGUUGAUGUGAAAAGUACAGAAACUGUCUUGGAAACCGGGUUCUUCCCUAGAAUUGUUGGUUGGAGAAAUUCAACAGUCGGUGGACAUCCGUGGCAGGUCUCCCUAAAAUUAGGGGAGCACCACUGCUGUGGAGGAAGCUUGAUCCAAGAGGAUCUGGUUGUUACCGCAGCACACUGCCUGGUUGGCCUCAGUGAGAAGCAAAUUAAGAGUCUGACUGUGACUGCUGGGCAGUACAGCCUCUCUCAGAAGGGUGAACAUGAACAGAAGAGUCCUGUCUCAAAAAUUAUUAUACAUUCUGAGUACAAUAGACUUGGAUAUAUGAGUUCUGAUAUUGCACUGCUCUAUCUAAAACACAAGGUUGAGUUUGGAACUGCUGUUCAGCCAAUCUGUCUUCCCCAUAGAGAUGAUAAAUUUGAAGCAGGGAUUCUUUGUAUGACCAGUGGAUGGUGCAAGAUCUCAGAGACAUCAGAAUAUUCAAACGUCCUACGAGAAGUAGAACUUCCCAUCAUGGAUGACCGAAUGUGUAAUAGUGUGCUCAAGGGUAUGAACUUUCCUCUUCUGGGAAAGACCAUGAUGUGUGCCAGUUUUCCUGAUGAGGAAAAAGAUGCCUGCCAGGGAGACUCUGGAGGUCUUUGUAGAAGAGACAGUGGAAUCUGGGUCCUUGCUGGGAUAACUUCCUGGAGAGAUGCGUGGACUAGAGAUUGGACUUCUUUAAGAACAAACCACAGAAGGGCAUCACUGGGCAUAUUCUCCAAGGUGUUUGAGUUGAUGGAUUUUAUCACUCAGAACAUAUUCACAGCUUGUAGAUCUCAGGGAACAGUGUUAUUUGGAGAAAAAGGGAAGAUUCAUUACCCCCAUUCCAAAGAGGACAGCUGUUCUCAUAAUUACUUAUGUAUGUGGAGAAUAAUGGUACCAGAAGAUAAAAUUAUCCUGAUAAAAUUUACAAGCUUGGACAUACAAAAUCAAGUUGGAUGUGACCAUGACUAUAUAUCUUUACAAUCAAGCAGUGGAGUGCUUAUUAGCAUCUGUGGCAUCCCUCCAUUUAGUCUCCAGUGGCUUUCCAGAAGAAUUGUAGAGGGCGAAGAAGCCUGCCCCCACUGCUGGCCAUGGCAGGUGGGUGUGAGGUUUCUAGGUAGUCACCAGUGUGGAGGGGCCAUCCUCAACCCCACUUGGAUUCUGACUGCAGCCCACUGUGUGCAAUCGAAAAAUAAUCCUCUCUUCUGGACCAUUGUUGCUGGGGACCAUGACAGAACCCUGAAGGAACCAACUGGGCAGGUGAGGAGGGUAAAACGCAUCGUGGUGCACGAAGACUUUGAUAGACGGAGUGCUGACUCGGACAUCGCCCUGAUACAGCUGACCUCUCCUCUGAAGUUCAACUCCGUGGUGAGGCCGGUGUGUCUCCCACAAAGCACGGAGCCGCUCCUUUCCUCGGAGAUCUGUGCUGUGACUGGAUUGGGAAGCGUUAGUGAAAAUGGCAGCUUAACAAGGCACCUCCAGCAGAUUCAGGUGUCCAUGUUGGAAAGCGAGGGGAGCGAACGUACUUACUCCUCUCACCCAGGAGGGCUCACGGAGAAGAUGAUGUGUGCUGGCUUUGCAGACUCUGGAGGGAAGGAUUUCUGUCAGGGAGACUCUGGUGGCCCAUUGGUAUGUAGACAUGAAAAAGGUCCCUUUGUCCUGUAUGGCAUUGCCGGCUGGGCUGGCUGUGCCCAGCCAAGGAAGCCAGGUGUAUUUGCCAGGGCGAGUGUCUUCUUGGACUGGAUCCAAUCCAAAAUCAAAGGUCCUGCUUCACUUCAGAUAAAUAAUGAAAGCAAAAUCUUACCAAGACAACAGUUGCCACCACCCACACCCUCAACAGACAAUGCAUCUGGACCAGGUUGUUACUCUGAGGUGGAACUAGAAGAGCCCAGAGGCUUUUUCUCAACUCCAGGAUAUCCACUGGAUUAUAGAGGAGAACUGGAAUGUUCUUGGGUGCUCAGAGUGUCCCCGAACAGUAUGGCAAAAUUGACAGUUGAGUACCUGUCACUGCCUUGGUCUCCUGUGUGUCCAGAUUCAGUUAUGACUAUUUACGAAGAAAGCCAUGAUGAGAGAAGGGUGUCAGGUGAAUUAUGUGGAAGAGGGCUUUACCCAAUGAUUUUCAUGAGCUCUGGACCACUGGUGAGAGUGGCAUUUCAUUCUCUUGUGCAGGGUGCUUUGGGCAUAAGUUAUAUUGUCUUUAGAGUCCAAGGUCCAAAGGGCAGCAAAACUCCCAAACUUCUCCAGAGUUCAAACCAAGAACGUACAGCAACUUGGGAGGAUGUUAUCCUGACUAAACCAGGAGGAAUUAUACAGAUCCCAAGAUACUCUCACAGAACCGUUAUGAGCUGCCACUGGAAGUUAUCAGCCCCUUUACAGCAUGUCAUUUGCCUUGAUAUUAUCAACUCCCAGAUGAAGCCGACGCCCUUGGCCUGUCAGGGUCACAUGUGGGUUUAUGAAGGAUUUGGAUCAGGCAAAAAAUUAAUAGUUCUUGGCAUUCCAUAG